UGUCAGUGGCCCUAUAAACCCCAACAACAAUAAGACAAUUCUUGUUAUCAGGAGGGAAAGGACGUUUCAGGCAAGCUGCAGGUGUCCUGUAAAAGAAGAAAAGAUGAUAAUGGCAUUAAAGCCGUGUGUGAGGCAGCUAGGAGGAGUGGCACAGGUGUGGAGGUGUGUGUCCCGGAGCAUCGCCCAUCAAACCUACAGGAUCACGGCCGGCAACACCAACCAUGACAUCAAUGAUGCCCAGAAGGCAGCUGGUCCCACCAGUGCCAGGCUGCCCAGACUCAGACACACCAUUCCUGAGUCCUAUGAGAAGGUUGAAGUAUCUACAGCGGAAUGGUCAUAUGUAGAGCGCCUGCUUCCUCUCAAGUCUAUACCAAAACCAACUGGAAACCCAGGUGAAGUAAUGCCAUCAGGAUGGGUUGUGCCUUCAGCCAAGCCAGGAGACUACCCAUAUUUUGUUCCUCGCUCAGCUAAUCAUAUGCUACCUGUGUAUUUACUUCACAAGCCUAUAUUAUCAAAACAUGUAACAUCAGUGAAACAUGUUCAAGGUGACAUUUUCGCUCUGAGUGAGGAACUGCGUGAACACUUGACACAGCUUCUUCCAUCUCGUAAGAUUAUCAAUAUGCGUGUUCAUGAACCUCAUCAAAUGAUACAGAUCAAAGGACAAUUUGUGACUGAGUUGAAAGAAUUCCUGUUAAAGAAAGGUUUUUAGGUGAUUUAAUUAAAAUGCACUUGGGAAACUUAAAAAAAAAAAAACAGUUAUCUCAAACUCAGAUGCCAAUGAUACUAUCAGUAAAAUUUCUAGGGAAUCCUAAAUGUCUGGUAAGUUACAUAAAGUUCCAUUAAGGAUAACAUUUCAUAAAUUUAAUUGACAAAAGAUGAUUGUUAUUUGGCAAAUAUAGUAAUUUUAUUCUUAGUGGCAUUUCUCUUGCCUCUUGCAGAGUGAUAGCUAACAUUUAUAGUAAUUAAUAAGUAGUCACUUGAUGGAGAGUUCACAACAGAAAUUAUGGAAAUUAUCUUGUACAGUAACUAAUUUAUAUAAACCCUUAUUUCCUUUAACCCUUUCAGGGUCUGUGCCGUAGAUCUACAGUUUUACGUUGAGGGUCCAAACCGUAGAUCUACGCCAUGAGCUCAGCUCGCUGAUAAGCUGUGAGCGGUAAAUUUGGGCCUAGAUAUAAGAGAAUACAUCUAUGUGGUAUGUGUGCACCACAUAAAACAAUCCUGCAGCAUACAGUGCAUAGAGAAAAAACUGAGACCAUAAUUUUCGAUUAAAACAGCGACUUUGCAGUGUUUUUUCAUAUGUUUUUUAUAGGUGUAUUUGCGAUUUCUUGGUCUCAUUUGAUAGAAUGGAAGAUACAUUACAGAAAUAGAGAUGAUUUUGAUUGGUUUUAGUACUGAAAAUAGCUUAAAACUGAGCUCAAAGUAGUGGAAAUGUUAAAUUUUUGCUGAUGUUCAAGAGUAAACAAAUGACCUCACACAUUUAAUACACGCCAGCUGGUGGGUCUGAUAUAUGUUCACAAAUGUGGUGAUAUUAUUUAUACAAUUAUUACAAUAUUGCAUAACAGUAAAUCUUCUGUUUUUUGGUUGGAAUAAAAAUUCAUUAUGUGAAUAAAAAAUCAAAAUGGAUUUCAUUUGUAAAGCCUGAAAACAUAACUAAUGAACAGAGGAAAUGUUAGUUUAGUGCCAGGAGUGCCUCCAUUAUUUAUUCUGGACCCUAUUUUGAAAUUGGAAUAUUUUGAACUUUGCAUUAAAUUGGCCAAAUUACCAAUUUCCGAUCACUUUAUUUUGUAGUUGAAACAGUUGACUUGGUGAUUUCUUGUGCUCAAUUGAUAGAAUAGAAGUAAUACUAGUGAAAUAGCUAAGAGUUUGGUCGACUGGAAUAAUGUAAUUGGCCUAAAAUGGGAGUCAAAGUCGGCAAAAUCGCUGAUUCGUAAAUAUUGCUGACACAUCAAAAUUCACGAGAGCAUAACUUCGUCAAUUCUCCAUCAAAUUUUGUACUUUUUUGUUUUAUUACCUUCAGAAAAAGAUUCUCUACUAUUUCAUAGAAAAAAUAACAAAAUUAUUUUUUGAAAAUUCUUGGACACUGGUGCACACUUUGAAACUUGGCAUCUGGACCCUGAAAGGGUUAAUACAGACAUAAUCUGAUUUAUUAAUUGGCUCUGAUUCGUUACAUCUACUGUGACCCCACCUUUUCCUUCCUUCUAUAUUCUUCCUUCAACACCAUUACCUUCUUCAUCUACCAUAUCUUUAUUCCUGCCUUGUAGCACGGAAAUGCCCUUAUGGGUUUUUUGCUUUCCAUAAAUAUAAUAAGACCAUGUUUAAGUAUUAUGAUUACAGUUUAGGAGAGUUGUUGCCCAAAUUGCUUGAGUAUAUAACUUAUCUUCUUUUUUUUUUUUUAACUCACUGGCCGUAUCCCACCGAGGCAGGGUGACCCAAAAAGAAAAAUGAAAGUUUUUCUUUUUACAUUUAAUAAUUUAUACAGGAGAAGGGGUUACUAGCCCCUUGCUCCCAGCAUUUUAGUAGCCUUGUGACACACAUGGUUUACGGAGGAAGAAAUUUAUGUUAUUACUAAUGUAUACUGAAUGAAAAUCACUGAUGUCCAAUAUUGGAAUCUACAUUAACAGUGUAGGUGUGCAGUGUCACCAUUUUGAGUUGAUGUAAAGCAAGACAGACAAUAACUAGGGCACAAAAUGUGUAUAAUGUAUAGUAUUGUGAAUAAAAAGAUCAUUUUUUUAUUUGCUUUUAAUUAAUGAAAAUCCAUGCUGUGUUGCAAUAAACAAAUAAUGCUGUACUAAGAAAAAUUGGUAUACUACUUUUCCUUGUAAAGGUAAUCCAAAGAAUAUUGUUUUAAUUAUCCCAGCUGUUACAAGUGCAUUAUAAGUGAAGUCGGGCAUAGCUUUUUUAAAAGCUAUUUCAUUAGAGUAAAGGGAAAUUGGUGUAAAAUUUAGUCAGUCUUAAGGCAAACAUGCUAAUUGACCAUUUGAUUUAUAAUUAGAGUAGCUAUACGUCUCAUAACAGUUGAGACAUGCUAGAUUAGUACAGUAGUGUGUAUUGUCUCUUAACUUCAUGGAGUUUUUGGAGUAUCAGGCAGUAAUAGUUAUGGUACAUAGCAGUUUUCUUUUUUUUUGUGUGUGUGCUGUGAUAAAAGAAACUUCUAUAAAAAUGGCAAAGCAUGUCAAUAUAUAUGAUUUUUUUUUUUUGAAACAUUGGAGAGCUUAUGGCAUCCUAAUGAUAAUAAACUAUCACACAAAUGCAAUGCUGUUUAUAUUUCUGAAUUUUUUGUAGCUGCAGGUUUCACUAAGGCAUUAAAAAUAUUUUAUUGAAAUUAA